CUUCUGAUGUGGCAUUUACACUUUACAGUGAUCGUGCAGCAGCAAACAGAGACACCAAGUCUAUCGUCCAGAUCUCACGGUCCAACAUUUAUUGCUUUGGUGACCCAAACUUCGCAGCACUGGUCUUCUGUGAUGUUGAAUGGACUAUUGAUGAGGGUGAGAGCUGGGCUGUGAUAGGGACUGGCUCGAAGCAAAAGAUAGCCCUUUUGCAGACACUCCUAGGUCAUCUACGCAUAACUCCUCCUCCGUCCUUACCCGGAGGACUAUUUCCUUUCUUCUCAGACCCUCCACAUGGCCCACACAACUGUGUGGCCUUUGUGUCAUUCGUGCAUCGGCCGCGCGCAGCAGGUGGUGCCUUCUAUGACUACACUUCUUGAUACGGCGCAGUCAGAGAAGAAGACUGCAUCACCCUUCAAGAAAGUAUGUUUGGAGAGCACGACUUUCUGAACGUCCAGUCAAAAGGUGGAAAGGUGAAGACUCCCGUUGAAAUUGCACAGGACGAAGUGAAGAAGGGCAUAUUUGAGGACCUAACUUCGAGACUAGGUCUUUCCUCCCUGUUGGGUCUACCUUUGAUAGCUUUAUCAAAUGGCCAGACGCAUUGAGCAUG